AUGGAUGCUGUUAUGUUUGUUUUAACCCUGUUUUCAUCGUUUUUGCAACUUUACGUAAUGUUUGCAGCUCUAAAACAUAUCAAAAGGAAAACUAGUGAUAAGUGUUUGCAUGUAUUUUUGUUGAGUAUGACUAUGGCUGAUUUUUUACUUACAGCUUUGUGUUACCCAGUAGAAUUGGCACCUAGAGCUGGUUUGAUAAGCAAAUUUCCUCGUUUUAUAUCAGCUUUAAUGCAUAUUUUGUGUUGGAUUGGGUUGAUAGUUUCGUCAUUAUCUCUAGUCUUUUUAAAUUUGGACAAGUUGAUCUUCUUCCGUUUUCCUUUGAGAUAUUCCACUUGUUUUACACGAGCACGUGCAAUUUAUUUAGCUUUGGGUUGUUGGUUUUUAAGCACAGCUUUUGUGCUAUUCGCUUGGUCAACAGAAUCAUUCCAUUGUGUAGACGAGGAUUGCGUAACUUUGGCAAUAUUCCCAAAUCGUCUCUAUAUUUAUUUACCUUUUAUGAUUUGUGUGGGAGUGAUCCCAACAAUUACCUCCUUAAGUGUUGCGAUUUAUAUUAUGAAGGUUGUGAGUGAACAUAGAAGGCAGAUUAAAUCACAGGGUAAGGGAAAAUAA